AUGCCCGCACCGGCACCAGGGCCCGGCGCGCCCUCGGCGACUCUCAGCACCUCCCCGUUAGUGGCGCCGGCGUUCCCGGGCCAUCUCCCUCCGCCGACACCACGCUCACUCUCAGCCCGGGCAGCGGCGCCAACUACACGGCGGCAGCGGCGAACCGGGGGGAGGGGGCAAGAAGACGCGUCCGGCUCAGCCCCGCGGAGAGCUACCGCCUCCUCCGCCUUCUCCUCCUCCUGCUCCGCCGCCUCCUCCCCUCCUCCCCCCGUCGCCGCCGCUGCCUGGUCCUUCUCCUCCGCCUCCUGCCGCCGCCGCCGCCGCCGCUGGUGCCGCCGCUGCCGCUCCACCAACUACAUCCGGGCAACUCGGACGCCGCGGCCUUCGGAAAACCUCGGCAGUUUCCGCCGCGCCCCUCCUCUCCCACCCUCUGCCUGCCUCCCCGCCCCGCGCGGCUCCGGAACGCCGCCUUCGGCAAACCUCGGCCCGCCCCGGCCUUCCUCUUCCUCUGAGGCCUGGCUCGCCUCCUCGCUACCCGGCAGGUCUUUCCGGUUACCGCUUCUUUUCCUCACACGCAAAUCUGGCCGCUGCCGUUCCAGUUUAGGGAUAGUCCCGCUCGGGGACCCGCUCGAGGCUGUUCCCGGGGGCUCCGGGAUGCGCGGGGAGGGAGCCGCCUUCGGGAGGAGGACGGUGGGGCGCGAGAGAAGCCAUCGCGGACUAAAUAAAGGAGUCUGCGGCUGCUGCGCGUGCGCCCAGAGGCGCGGGGGUGGGCGGGUGCCCUUGAGUGAGCUCUUCGGCCGCCGGCCCCCGCCCCUUCGGGCUCCGGCGGGGUGGUCGGACCCCCCCCCCCCCACUCCCCGGUUAGGCGGCGGGCGGACGGUUACCAAGGAGCUUCCUCGGUUGGCAACGACAGCAGCCGCCCUCGGGGAGGUGGGGAGCGUGCCGCUGCUCCCUUUGGCCCGCUCCCGGGAGCCGGAACCCGGGCCUGGGCACCUGCCUCAGACCGGAAGCCGGGCGCGCGGCCGGCCUUCGGUGGGCAGGGGCUGCGCGGAGCUCGCCCGUCGACGCGCUAGAAUUCCUCUUUGUCCUUGAAGUCCUUUGGUGAAAGAAAACUCAUUCGAACGUUCUGCAUGUGAAUAAAGGCAUAGGGGGUGCUAAAUGGAGUUGCUACGAAUUGAAUUUUAUAAACUGCUACCCGCGCAAUGCCAACAUUGGCGUAUUGGGAGGGGAAAAGUCAGUUGUACCCCCCCCAAAUUAAGCGUGGGGUGGUUAGUGGCUGAUAUUCAGGUGGGGUUUUUCCCCUGCGCUGAAUUUCUUAUAAGGCAGCAUUAACUUAACGAAUAGAUUGUAAUAAACAUAAAGGAAGUAUAUACUUAUUUGCGUAAAAGAGAAAGGUAAAACGGGAAACCAGAAAAAAACAAGACCCCACCAAAAACCAGUAUCCAAAAGUAGCUGACUUGGUUUCCAACAAUUAUCCUUAUUGCUGGGCCUAAUAAAGAGAAGGAAUGAAGUGGGGAAGAGGCCCUGAAAUCACAAUUGAUUGAAGAAAAAAUGCUUACAUACCCUCAUUUGUCAAGUCCCCCUGCCAGAUGUUAAGAUUAUUGCUUUUUGUGAGGACCAGUAAAAGCUUAAUACUUUUAUUAAGUAUUGAGCUAUUGGUAACUAAAACAAAACUGCUAGUGACUGAAAUGGGGAAAAAAAUUAAAAACCUAGAGUCUUACGUGCAAUUUCUAACACGUUUGUAACAAAUGCACUGAAGAUACAGGUUAGCAGAGUACACACAAAUAUAUAAAUCCUUUGCAGAAUGUUUUUGAAAACCGGCAGCAAAAAUUAUUACUAAUUUCUUGAUGGUAAUCAUGUGCUGAAACUUUGACAUAUACCGUUUGAUCAAAAGCCGCGAACUGGAGGAAACUACAAGGCAAUGUACAGUUUUCAUUAUUCAUAGAUUCCAUAUUUGCAAAUUUGCCUACUCACUAAAAAUUUGUAACCACCAAAUCAGUGUGCAUAGCAUUCAUGGGCAUGCACACAGUGGCAAACAAUGUAACAUUCCCAGCUGUGUUGAACAAGAUAGCACUCCCUUAUUAAUUCAGCUCUCAUAUUGUAAAUAAAUGUACUUUUCAUAAUAUAUAUACUUCUGUGGUUUUUGCACUUUUCAUGCUUUUUAUUGGUUUUGCUGUUUUAAAUGCCCCUCCAAGCAUAGUGCUAAAGUGCUGUCUAGUACUCCUAAGCACAAAAUGUGAUGUGCCUUGUGGAGAAAACACAGGCCCUAGAUAAACUUUCAGGCUUCUUAUUUGUGCUCUUGACUGUGAUGAGUUCAGUGUUAAGGAAUCAAUAAUGAAUAUAAGAUGUUUAAAUAGAAACUGAUGAAAAUGUUGUGACCAGAGUGUUUCUGGAACCUAACCCUGUUUUCCCCUAGGAACAGAUCAGUGUUCACAGUGGCUUCAUAGAACUACCUCACAAAAUAAGAAUCAGUUAUUUACCAAAAGAUUCAUCCUCUUCUACUCCACUACCAAAUGUUGAAGUUCUCCGUGAAUCAGUCUCUUGUGGGUUAUGUCAACAAAAAUGUCCAUUAUGGAACUCCAGGGACCUGUCCCUCCACAUAAACAGCAAAUAAUUUGGCAAUAAUUGUCAAAAGCAAGUUUAUGUGAACUGGAAAUUAGUAAAAGGUUACAGUAACCAGGCAAACAUUUAAUCAAGAACAAGGUGGUAGAAUCCCAUUAGGAGAGCUUUGUGUUAUUUAAACUAACCCUAGCCCCAUUUCUUCAUCCCCAGUUCAGUGGCAGUUUUGAAGACAACAGCCUGCAUUUCUGGUGUAGGUUUCUGGUGCCAGAGGUAGCAAAAUGGACCUUGUUAUUGGAGAACUGUAGUAGUUUAUUUUGACCUGUCUGGUGGCUCCCUGAAGGACUGGGGCAAGGGCUUGCCCUUAUUUUGCCUGAUGUGGAACUCUCCUGAGUCAAAGGUGACUACCGAGGGGAUGUUUGUCAAGAACAUUUAAAGGCAAGUUUAUUAGCUGCUGCUAGUUGGGGAAAGGAGUAACAGUUGGGGCAAACAAUAGACACAACAGAAGGCCUGGGAGGAAAGGCUGAAGAGUGAAAUACUUUGGAGAAUAAAAUCUUUGAAAAGCUCCUACAUAUUCCUUGGAAUCUAAAAGACUACCUGGGGCAAAUGGUCAGAAAAAACCCUACAAAUUUCCUAAGUCUCACCUCUGGCUAAUGUUCAGGAUCUGCUCAGAUUUGCUUAAUGAAAUCUAAGAUAGAUUUAUAAAUUGCCCAUUUGGGUGAUAAAGACAUGCUCCAACACACACAAAGAGCCCUCUGAUAAAGCCUGGAAAUUGUUUUCUUCAUUUUUUGACUCUAGGCACUUAAGGAAAUCUCUGUUGAAUCACUAGCUGACCACUAAGCCAACAGAACAGAAAUUUCAGUGGUCACAAAUAAGGAAUACAGACUUCAUAAAGUUAGUUCAGAAAAGUCAUUAAACAAACAAAAGCAACCACAGUAAACAGCGAAAACAUUCCAGGGAGGAAGAAGAAUCUGAUUUCCAGACUUGCCACAUUGUAAUAAUCAAAGUGUCCAGUUUUCAACACAAAAUAACCAGGCAGGGGGAAAAAAAAAAAAAA